GGAGCCUAUGACUUCACUACGAAAGACCACGGCCAGCAACAAUCCCGGCGCAUAUUAGCCAUCACCGCCGAGUCCCGGCGCACUCUUCCACUCUCUUACCUUCAAAUAUCUGAUUUACAGAUAGAGAAAGAGAGAAAUACAGAUAGAGAGUGAGUCAAGAUCAUCAUAUGGAUGUAUUGUUCGACUCGAUCGACGUCCGAGAUCUUCUCUCAUCCCACGACCUCGACGACUCAUCGCCAUUGUCCUCGCCGGAUCUGCGCCUCCUCAUCGACCGACUUCAAGUCCGGUCCCUCCACAUCAAGUCCAAGGUCCGAAACUACAUCAUCUCUCACCACGACGACUUCGCUGCCCUAUUCUCCCAAUGCUCCGACGCCGUUUCAAGCUCCGAACGUCUCUCAGACCAAGUCUCGGACCUCCUCAAUCUCAUCUCGGACCACCCGAUUGACAGUGAAAUCAGAGAUGUGAUCGACGAGAUUGGGAGGAAGAGGAGAGAGGUUAAGGAGAAGAGAGAAUUGUUGGAGUUAGUGGGGGUGAUUUUAGAACUGAGUGAAAAGUUAGGGUGUGUGAAGGAGGAAGUGAGAAAAGGGAAGAUUGUGGAGGCGGCGGAGGGAGUGGGGGAGUUGAAGACGGCGUUGAGGAUUGGUGAUGAUCCGGUGGUGGGGGAGAGAGAGCCGUUGGUGUAUGGGGUGCUGCGGAAGGAAUGGACUGAGUGCUUUGAAGAGGUAAUAUUAUUAGCAAUAGUCUCAGUUUGGUUCCUGAGAAAAUUGAGGAGAAAGAACAGAAAUUUGAGACUUUAUUGUAUUUUGCGAGGUUCAAUUCUAUGAAGCCUAAUGAAGGUGUUUAUUUCAUCUUCUUAACGAAGGAAUGGAAGAUAUAGAUAAGUGUCUUUUUCGUUGUUGAGAAAAUGGGGUAAAGCAAAUUUGGUUUUUUUCUUGCUAUCUGACUUUCUAAUCCAUCAAAUGUAUGUGGGAGAGUUUGGUGAGAUGAUUCUUUGUAUUAUUAGAAGGAACUGAUAGACAUGACGGAGCAUAUUAGUUAAAAGAGUAGCUUUUGCUUGGUUGCCGGAAAAAUGGAGAAAAAGAAAGUGAACAAUUACAGAAGUAAAUGAAUUUUUUCUUGAGUUUUCUUUGAGGAAGAAGCAAUUGAAUUCGGCUAAAAGUUGUGCACUUAAAAAAAUUGCUUAGUUGUGAGGGAUACUCUACCGUUUUUUUGUUAUACUCACCUUUCCUUCUCUUUUCUCCAAGUUUGUAGUGGACCACAUUACAUUAUUUUUGGUUUGUAUGCUCAAUUCUGGGUGACUAUUGCUGAUUUUUUUAUUGAGUUUGUGAUUGUGUUUUAGAGGAAUUGGAUUUGGGUUUGUAGAUACAAGAGGUGCUAGUGGGGUUUAUGGAGAAUGCAGUGCGCUUUGAGCAGGAAAGUAAUGCAGUUCGAGUGAAGCUUCAGUUAAGUGUAAAGGCAAUUGAAGGGAUUGAGCUUCAUACCGUUUUGAAAGCAAUGGAUGUCCUUGGCAUUCUAGAUUAUGGGCUUGCAAAAGUAGCAGACUUGAUAAUUAAAUAUGUCAUCACUCCAACAGUGAACUGUGGAAUGCAUGUUUCAUUUGUGGAAGAAAUAAAUCAACCCUCAGGGCAUACCACUGAGGUUGUUUUGAAGAUUAUCCCGUCUUCUGAUCCUAAGAUUACAGCAAUGGAUGGUGAAACAAUCUAUUCAUCGAUUCUUCGGGUCAUCAAGUUUAUCUACAAAUCCUUAUUCUUUGAAAAUGGUCCUUGGAUGCGAUGUUUUGGAAGAUUGACCUGGCCAAGGAUGUCAGAGAUUAUUAUUUCCAACUUCCUUUCCAAGGUGGUCCCUGACAAUGCUUCUAAACUUGUAGACUUUCAACAAAUUGUAAAACUUACAUCUGAGUUUGAGACAGAUUUAAAGGAAUUGAUGUUCAUUUCCGCAUCUGAUAACAAGGAUGAAAGAUUAAGCAAUUUUGCUGACAAUGUUGAGGUUCACUUUGCAUUGAAGAAGAAAGUUGAGAUCUUAGCGAAGGCUAGAAAUUUGCUUCUGCAAUGUGAUUUCACACUUCCUCAGGACUAUAAGAGUGAAGCUACUCGAUUAAAGAAUGAAAGAACUGGUGAAAGCUCCAGUGAUCAUGUUGUAAACUUGCUUUUCUCGUCUGAGAGGUGUGUUGUGUCUGGAGCAGCCUCUCAGCUAAUGGUGCUGGUGCAUCAAACCCUUAAGGAUGUUUGCUUGUCUUCCACAAGGGUAGCAUUGGAAUUCUAUCAUGCUGCAAGAGAUGCUCUACUUCUUUAUGAAGCCGUUGUCCCUGUCAAGCUAGAAAGGCAGCUUGAUAGCAUCAACCAGGUUGCUGUUCUUAUUCACAAUGACUGUCUCUAUCUGUCUCGGGAAAUUCUUGGGCUUGCAUUUGAGUAUCGCUCGGACUUUCCAAGUUCCAUGAAGGAAUUUGCUGUGUUUGUUGAUUUGGCCCCAAGGUUCCAGCUGUUGGCAGAAGAAAUCUUACAGAGACAAGUCCAACUUGUCAUUUAUAACCUAAAUAAGGCUAUAGAUGGUGCUGAUGGAUUUCAGGAUACCCACCAAAUGCAACAAUACGAGUCUACAAAGUUUAGUAUAGAUCAGGUUGUUUUCAUCCUUGAGAAAGUACAUAUUAUUUGGGAGCCUCUCUUGCUACCUUGGGCUUACAAGGGAAGUAUGUGCAUGGCCCUGGAGGCAGUGUUUUCUAGAAUGACAAAAGACAUACUACUCUUAGAUGAUAUGGCGGCUGAAGAAACAUUGCAGCUUCAAAGACUUAUUCAUCUGAUGCUGGAGAGCCUAGCUUCUUUGUUGGAGUCCCUGAUUGCUAUAAACAAAACAGAGAAGUCACAAGAGGGCCCUGUAUGUUCUCUUGAUGACUCCAUACCAUCUCUACGUAAAAUACGAAAACUGGCAGAGUUGUUGGACAUGCCUCUAAAAUCCAUUACAGCAGCUUGGGAGAAUGUAGAACUGUUCAGUUGUGGGUUUACAUUGUCAGAGGUAGAAGAGUUUAUCAAGGCCAUAUUUACAGACUCUCCUCUAAGAAAAGAAUGCUUAUGGAGAAUACAAAGUGCAAGUUUUUAGAAGUUCUUAGGUUUGCCGAAAUGACCCGUGUACACACCCAGAGGAAUUAACCCAUGUCAAAGUUAUAUUCCCCCGUCCUAGAAACCAGAAGGGAGAGACAGAGAUUUGUUUGAAUAGUUUUCUUUUUUUUUUUUUUCCCUUUUUUAAAAGUGCUGUAUUUAUACGUAGGAACCUUCUAAUGAAGGCAUCAAGUAAAAUAUACAUGUGCGGCAUCAGCUUAUUGGGGGAACAGAAGGGGGAAAGAUUUAUUCAUUGAAGUGUAUUUUUUUUUUCUUCAACCAGCGAAAAAUGUGUUAGACAGAUUGCCAAGUCCUUGC